CAAAAGUCGUUGCACUUCCUCCCGUCGCUCCAUUUGCUUUGCCAUCCCAAGCAGUUCACUCCUUUGCCUGCUCUUCACUUCCAAUUCCAUCAUCCUACUUAAUCGACACCUUUGCCAACCCCUGUCUUCCAAUACACUCUAUUAUCAAGAUGCGCUUCUCCCUCUUCGCCCUGGCCGCCGCGGCCACCCUCGCCGCCGCCCAGGACCUCAGCGACAUCCCCACCUGCGCCCUUUCGUGCUUUGCCAUCGCGGUCCCCGCCUCGGGCUGCUCCCUCACCGACACAACCUGCCAGUGCACCACCGGCAAGGACAAGAUCCAGGAGAGCAUCACCAAGUGUAUCCCCGACAAGUGCGAAGCCGCUGAUAUCGCGAAGGUCGCCCCCGCCGUCGCCAAGCUCUGCGCCGCUGCCGGCAUCACCCUCUCCGACCUGCCCACUGGCACCGCCGUUUCUGCGUCGGGCGCCAGCAACACCGCCAGUGCCACCGGCAGCGCGAGCAAGACUGCGUCUGGAAGCGCCAGCGCGACCUCCGGCGCUGCGUCGUCGACUGCCAGCGGUGCCGUGCAGGCGACCGGCGCCGCGGUCGCAAACGGUCUUGGGCUCGGCGCUGUUGUUUUCGGGCUUGCCGCUGCGAUGUUGUAAAUGAAUGUAGAGAAGGGAGGAAGGAAGUCCGGGGUGGGAGGUUUUUUGAUAUUCUACGUUCAGGGGCGCCGGCACUGCUGCCGUGGGGCGUUGUCCAAUUGAUACCAUUUCGUUGUUCGCUCGAAGUUUUUGAAGAAGAAAAUAUAUCAACAAUG